AUGGCAACAAGAAUACAGUUCAAUAUCCAGAAUACAGACCUUCUGGUACAAAGACCUUACCAACAGUAUUAUUAUAGAAAACUGAAUAUAGCUAUAAAGGAAGCACCAAAUAACAAAGCAACAGGACCACAAAAUAUAUCCAAUGAAAUGCUAAAACAUCUCGAUCCCACCGCACUACUGCUUCUACUAAACAUCUUUAAUGCCUGCUUAGAACUACAACAA